ACUCUUCUCCUUCUGCUUUUAAAAAGGUAGCAGAGAUUAAAUGCUUGUUGUCACACAUAUACGUACAAAGGCACAUGGGUGUGUUUUACCUCACACAUUAACUGUAGGAUAAGUACAGUCAGGAAGGGUGUGGUUUUGUGGUUCUGUCAGCUGAAUUUUAAGAAAUCACACACUGUCUGAUCGUCACUGCUGAAGUGAAUAAGCCAAAGAAUGAAGUCCAAGGAUAAGUCCACCAUCUGUUGUCAGCAACCAAAUGUCUUUCGGCAUAUUCAGCAGUAACAUGGAAAACAUGCCAUCAAGAUUCAAUGAAACACAGUCAUGAUAUCAACUGGAGGAGGUUUCACCACAUUCCGGUGGCUGUGCACCAUUAUUGGACUAUUUUUUUAUUUAGGAGACAUUAUAUCGGAUUUUUUAUUAACUGUGCAGUAUUUCAAGAGAGGACAUGUCAUCUGGGCUAUACUUACUCUCGUGUUCAUAGUUAGCGGAUCUUUUUGCAUACAGAUAUUUAGUUAUGCGUGGUUUAAAGAUGACCAAAAAAAUAAUAAUUAUGAAGAAGGCAACAGGCCUCUAUCGACUGGACAUCUGAUUGGGAUACAUGUACUACAGAUUGGCAUUUUCACAAGGUAUCAUCAUCUGUUAAAGAGGAGUUUCAAUGCCCUGAGGUUAGGCCAGACUCAAGAGGAUGUGCAGUUACGUCUUUUCGCCCUAGCUACAGAUCUGAGCAUGCUCCGCUUGUUCGAGACUUUCCUUGAAAGUGUUCCUCAACUUGUUCUGCAACUCUUUAUCAUACUGGAGCACAACCAUCGCUCCACUUUACAAUAUAUCAGCAUGGCUAUGUCUUUUCUCAACAUAGCUUGGGCCACGGUGGAUUAUCGUCGCUGUUUCCGGCGUUCCCUAACUCAGGUCAACGAGAUGCCUGCUGGAAUCCCCACAGCCGUCUAUCUGCUCUAUAAAAUAUUCACCAUAACCCCUCGAAUCCUCAGCCUCACCAUCUUCAUCAUGAUUUCCACUUUCAGCACUAUUGGAAUGGCCUUCAUCUGGCUACUGGGAACAAUCUGGGGUUACAUACAAAAGACUGACUUUUGCACUUCGCAGCGACUUGAACAUCUUUAUCGAGCCACUGUUGGAGUGAUCCUAGUUUUUACCUUCUUUAAUAUCAAAGGGGAAAAGACCAAAAAACACAUGACGGUGUAUUACGUCCUCAGUACGAGUCAAAACCUUGCUGCACCCAUUAUGUUGUCUCUGUUCAAGCCGGCAUCUCAGGUUACAGACUAUUUCUUGCCAAUCAUAUUUUUUAUUUUUUUCUCAAAUUUGAUGGGACUGGGUUUUCUGGGACUUUACUACAGUCUCAUGCAUCCCCCAGGUGAAAUCAGAGUACCAGAUGAGGUUGAUGAAAUUCAGGUGGAGCAAGGAGUCGAGCAAGCACCGGUGGAGAGGGCACCAAAAACACGUUUAGAUCGUUUUUUACAAAUGUGAUGUCUUUAUUAUAUAUAUAUUUUUUACAUAUUUUAUGGGCAAAGAUUAAUCGCGAUUAAUCGCAUACAAAAUAUUUUUUUAAAUGAUUUUUUUGCAUAACAUAUUAGUGUGUGCUGUAAUUAUUAUGUAUAUAUAAAUACACACACAUUCAUGUAUGUUUUUAAGAAACAUUUACAUGUGUAUAUAUAUUUAUUUAUAUUUUUAUAUAUUCUAUAUUAACAAUAAAAAUGGAUAUAUAAAUAAAAAUGUUCUGAAAUGUAUAUUUGUGUGUGUGUGUGUGUGUGUGUGUGUGUGUGUCAUAAAUAGAAGGACUUGUACAAAUGUAUAGAGCCAUGUAAUGUGGAUCUGUCAUCAUGCUAAAGACCCUUCCCAGAGUAUUUGGAUCUUGUUGUCUUUGUAAUGUCUUGUAGAUCCAAAUAAAAGUAAUUAAUGUGUGUGUGUGUGUGUGUGUGUGUGUGUGUGUUUAAAUACACUUAAUGAAUACACACAGUACACACACAUAUAUUAAGCAAAAAUGCACUUUUAUUUUGUAUGCGAUUAAUCACGAUUAAUCUUUGCCUGAUAUUUAUGAAUACAUUAUGCACUGGAACUGAUGGAUUACAAACAGGGGGUCUAAGCUAUAAAAACUGAUGACACUUUUACAAUAAUUUUGUAUUAUUUUUUUAACAUUAGUAAAUGCAUUAGCUAACAUGAACAAAACAUUCUACAGCAUUUAUUAGUUCAUGUUAUUUUCAGCAUUUAUUUCAGCAUAAUAUGAAUAUAUUAAUUAAAAUAAAAAGUUGUAAAAAUGCAGCAUGAAGUAAAAACAACUUGGUUUAACAACUUUUAAGUUUUGGCUUGUGAAAAGUUGACAUAACUUAUAAAUCAAGUUGAAACUUAAUAUUUUAAGUUAAAAUAACAUUAAAAGAUAUGUUGAUUUGACAAAAACGCUGCAUUUUUUUUUUACAGUGCAUCAGCUACAUUUGCUAGGAUCGCCCACAAUCUUUGAGCUGUAAUUGGUUAAUGCACCAUGAGCCAACAUGAGCAACUGUAUUGAUAUUAGCUAACAUUAACAAGAAUACUAAAUGGUAUACUAUACUGAUCAUUGUUAGUUCAUGUUAGCUAAUGCAUUUACUAAUGUUAACAAAUGCAACCUUAUUGUAAAGUGAUACCAAAAGCUUUAAAAGCUGCUAAAGGAAGACAUAUCUGUUUUUACAUAUGAACCAUAUAGGUUUUACUGAAUCUGUAAAAUGUUUAAUAAUCUUUCUGGUGCUGUGCCUUUAGUUCAUUUCAUUCUCCUAUCAUCAAUUUCCUGUUGUUGACAUAAUCACCACAAAGUAACACAAGAUGGCACUGUUGAUCCAAAAAUCGUGAAAAUUUGGACAAAAUUACCACCGCUGCCUUGGAGAGAGGUCUUCUGUUAAUCCACAUCACAUGUGAGAUUGAAAUUUUUAAAUGUUAACUUUUGUAAAAUAAUUCUGUCUAUAAUUGUCAGCCUGUGAUUUUAGUAUAGGCCACAUAAAACAACAUUUAAAAUUCCAUUUUAACACAGUUAUAAUUUAGGGAAAAAAGUAGGAAACAUGAUCCAAAAUAAAAUGGGUUUUAACAGUGUUAUUUUAAUGCAACUUUAAUGUACCGCAACUGUGUGUACAUAUGUCAAACAGAUCAAAUGUGAGGCUGAGAGAUCAUACGCAGAUCACCUGUUUCAGAGCUAAUUUAAAGAUAACAAACCAAUCCAAUGCUGUUUUCACUACCAUCAAAAUGUUGUGCAAUAUUGAGAUUUCUUUCACAGCAGUAGCUUUUCAAAUAAACACAAGUAUUUUUUUAGCAGUUUGCAUUGCUACAUUUGCCUUUUAUUCAGUUCAUGUAUACAUAGACACAUAUAAAUGUUUAAAUUCCAUUUGCAUACCCUACGUUUAAACACAUUUUCGUAUGUGGUGAAAUAAAUGGAUUAUAUUGAGGUUAGAGUUAUGGGCUGUGCUCUAUUUUCAGGGCAUUUAUAACUUUUUGGCUUUUGCACACGUUCUUUAACAUUUUGCAUGCACGAGUCUUCAACAGAUGAUUGAUGGAGUACAGGACACGUUCUACCUUUUUAUUACCAAACAAAAUAUCUUACCCCUUUCAUAAUAAAUGCAUUGGUCUAUAUAAUUUCAGACUACUAAUGUUGCAUGCAAAAGUAACAAUUACAUUUUAUGGGUGAGAUAAUUUAACUUCUAAGCUUUUGCAUAAAUAAAUACAUUUAGGAGAACUGGAAAUGGAAAGGUAAUUGCUUUAUUUUUAUACUUGAUAAAGACCAUAUAGUUUUAAAUGUGGA